AUGUCAAAAAACCAUUCAAACUCGUUUAUUAGCACAACUUGUAUGCUUACAUCCUUUCUAGCGUUACUUAUCUUCCUCGUACUAGAAAGUCAUAUCGUAGUUGUUUCAGCAACACAGUGUGACCCUAAUGUAUUUAACGCGACCAGUGCUCCGCUGCAACAGAUCGCGAAUACCUCUAUGUCUUAUAAUAUCACGAUUAACGGAACGGUUGUUGUUACAGACGGAUGCACCUUUACCGUGCAAAACUUCGUUUAUUAUUAUGCGGCUCCUUUGUCAUUUUGGUAUGGUUCAAACGACACCAACCCAACGUCACCAGCAGUGGCAAUUUCUAACAUGACGGUAACACAAUCCUUCGUUCCCUCCUCGAUAGCUUUUAAACUCGACAACCAGUUUUCAUUCAGCGACUUCUCCGUGUUGAAGUUAAUCUCCACACAAGAAAACUAUGUGAUUGCCUUCGCGCAAUUGAGAUCUUCUCCAACAUCAAAAAACAGCAAUAACAAUGGCAAUGGCAAUUCGACUCAAGGGAAAUCGGGUGCUACUUCCGUAAUCAUAGAUUGGAACUUGUUAAAAUAUUUGAUGAUUGACCCAGCAAUUAUCGAACAACGUCGAAUAGCCACACAAUUAGGACCAUGUCCAAAAGGAGGAUACCACGAGCUGAGGUCACAUUACACCUACGGCUCGUUAUUCUGGGCAUUUUGUUUUGGAUUACCACGAUGCUUUGGAUACUCGCGGAAAAAAACCGUGUGUAGAAAUUGUAAUGCCACCUUUGAAGGUAUCGCUUUCCCAGAACCGGGGCAUUAUAACCUACCACCACCUUCACAACAAAAACAGUAA